AUGAUCCACAAAGCGUUGCUAGCGGCGGUCCUUUUGGCCGCCGGUUAUUAUGAUACCGCGGAGGGAUGGGAGAAGGUGACUAUACAAGUUACCAACAAGUUGAGCAGCGGACGGAUGCUGAUAGUGCACUGCAAAUCCAAAGACGACGAUCUCGGGGGCCGCGCCAUCGCCGCCGGUGCUAAUACCAGUUUGAUUUUUGGUCAGAACGUGUUCCGCGGGACGCUGUUCUGGUGCAGCGCCGCGCAGGAAGAUAAGCGUCUUUCUUUCGUCGCGUUCGAGCAGAACGAUCGCAGCAAGUACGUCCGAGUCUUCGAUGUCUCGGACGACGGAGUCGACGGGGUCGAUGUCCUUGGUGGGAAUCGACUACACAUUUGUGGGUGGAAAAUUGCUUCCUUUUCACGUUAA